AUGAAUGAUCUUAAGGAUAUAUCUUCUCGUAUCAAUACUCAUUGGUAUCUACAUACACUUUUGAUUGAUCAAUGUUCGUGCGUAUUGUUGGUGGAAUUACUCGGCAAUAAUCGUUUACUAAAAUUACGCAAUUUGAAUAUUAAAUUUCCUUAUCAUCAUGACCGUGAACAUCUUUUGAUAAUUCCAUCUCAUCAGACACCAUUGAAUCGAACUUGCGUACCUGAAUUACGUCGUAUCAAAGUUGAAAUUUCUGCAUACAUUGAAGGAAUAUUAUGUUAUUUCGAAGAUCUCUAUCGUUGCGAACAACUUGAACAAUUUACAUUACGUGGUCGUGUAAAUUUUAGCAAGAAUGCUGAUCUUCCCACUGCAUAUAACUUACAACGAUGAAAUCAAAUUUGUCUUAAUCUACCAAUUCUACUCUAUGUUGCUCAACGAGCACCACGUUUUUGCGAACUGGAAGUUCAGGCGACACUUGCAUUUGGUCUUGCUCUUUCAUUCAAUAUCGAACUUUGUACAUAUCUUGCCGAUCAUCUUGAAGUACUUCGUUUCUGUAGUGAAGAUAGAACAAGUUCCUUUCUUGAAUUGGUUCAAGUUGUCGAUACUAUUUACUCUUAUUCGUCAUCAUCAUCACUAAAAAAGUUAACAAUCUUCGUCGAUGCUGAUCCAGCGUCAUGGCUCACACUGGACCAUUUUCAAAGUGGACUUCGACUUGUAUUCAAUCGUUUUCCAAAACUCAUUCAUUUCACAUUGUUUUGUUGUCGGAUAGAACUAUUCAAAAAUACCAUUUACGAUUUGACUGCAUUGGCAUCUGAAUGGUAUAAAGGAAUGAACUGUCCUCGAUCAUGGAGUUGGAGAUCCAAACCACAUAUAUUCGAUAUUUGGUUUUAG